UUUCGCGAGUUUGCAAUCACAAGUCAGUCAGGAAACACAAAAACUUUGGCUGCAGCCGAGGAGGAAAAACUUCGAACUUGGAGAUUUUCUUCAAUCGUCGUCGUCGUAGGUUCGCGCAACGUAUUCGUCGCGAAAAAUCAUCCGUUUUUUGUUCGCUGUGUGGUGUACGAAUUGAUUUUUUAUUGCUACUGGUGACAUUAGAAGCUUUAAAAUAAACGUCGUUUGCGAGUGCAAAAUACCUAAACGAAUGGUGGCUUCCCACAGCAGUGGACGAGAUCGGGAGGUUCUAUGGGAAUAGUGAUAUCUGCGGGAUGACUUCCUGCUUGGAUGGAAUUUCCAAUUCUGAUAAAGAGUAAUUUGCGAAAUAUUUCGAGCGAUCGCACUUUUCUUUCGCGACAACGAAUGGUCGUCUAUUUUGUGGACAUCACGAAGAACCAGCCUUCGAACAGGAGGAAGUGAGGUGACGAGGGAAGAACCAGUUCUGUGAAUCGUCUUUGUGUGGCUGCCUAAGGGGACGGCCUUCGUGGUCGGUUGUGAGCGACGACGACGGUACUGCAGUGAUGUUGAAGUGGUUCUGAUUUUUAUGAAGCAGCAGAAGAACGGAGACGUCGGCUGAAAUUCCCCUUCGAGAGAUUCAAAGUGGUCAAAACAGAGCAAGGGGUUCCCGUUCGGGGCUCGCUGUCGACCGAAAGUGGUAGCGCAUUAUAGUGAUUCUUGUUUUUUUAUGCUCAUGUUUGGAAGAAUUUGAAAUUCGGGGACCAAUUUGGCGACAAUAAGACGAGGCCUGUUGAGAAGAAGUCAUAUUCCUGAAUUUGUGUGACCGAGAGAUGAAUUCAGUAUUUUUCGUAUCUGAUUUACAUUGAAGAUCUUUGAUAUUGUGGAUUUUUGAAUCAACCGACAGAUAAAUCUUUUGGAGUGUAUUAGUUUAGGUAAUGUGUUCGUAAACUGUGGAUCGGAUUUCGGCGGAACUUUGAAUAACUAAUACAAAAUACACACAUUGCCAUCACGACUCGUAUACUUCAGCGAAACGGCAACAGCAUUCGUUUAUCGCUUCGCGUUAAUUAAACCCGCAAUCCCGUGUGAAACUCGAACAGGGAAAAAACACAGCAAAUAAGAGCGGACGGAUUUUCCGAUGGUGGUGGCUUCGAGCGUGAAUCGAGAAUUUCUCAGACUAGCAAGCGCGACACCACCGGCGAACGACGACGACCGGUCGGUGGCGAUGAUAAUGUAAAUCGAUUAUACAAACCGCACACUCUAGUCUAGUCCGUGCGCCCAGUGAAGACGGCGGGAGGUUGCAGUUUCGCGCGCCAGACAGUGACCGAAAAAGCGACAUGCCGACGGAUUGCGAUCGGGGUUACAGUUCGAGCGUUCCGUCGUUGUCGCCGUCGUCGGUGAUUCAUUGCAAUUAGAAGUUCGAUGAUGAGAUAAGUAGAGCGAUGUUGUGAUUCGGUUUGUUUUAUUACACUACGAUAUGAUGAUGAUGAUAAUGCGGGUGCCAUUGAGGGGAAGAUGAAAAGAUAUUUCAGCAAUUUGCUGGUCUCAAUGAAUCACUUGUGUCAGAAGAUUUCGAGUGGCGUAGACGAAGUUGCUACAGUGGAUUAAGGCAAAGCGAAGGAAAAUAAUUCUGCGAUAUUUAGAAGUGCUUUGAAAAGGUGCAAACAAAAAGGUGUGCAAGCGGCAAAAGUAUUACGUGCAAAUUGCCACUCGGAGCGAACCGACCCACGGUUUGUCGCUGCUGGUGGUUGGAGGUUGGAUUACGCCACAGAGUUUUCUCCGAAGGGCGAAAGUGCUGUGAAAUAAUUGCGCCAGAGUGAAUGACACUGAUAGGGCCCGGUGCCCCAGGAAUGGCAUUUAUGAUGAAGAAGAAGAAGUACAAAUUCACGGUGGAGCUGCACCUGGAGGAGCUGGUGGAGGUGCCGUUUGUGAACGCGAUGCUGUUCGCAAAGAUACGGCUGCUGGAUGGCGGAUCCUUCCAGGAAAUCAGCAAUAGGGAGGAGGUGAAAAACCAUACCGUGAAAUGGCGGCAAAAGUUCGAGUUUCCCUGCAAGAUGACAUCGAAUGCGUCCACCGGCGUGCUGGAUCCCUGCACGGUGCGGAUAUCGAUACGAAAGGAGAUCAAGGGUGGUAGGAGUUUUCAGAAAUUAGGAUUUAUCGAUUUAAAUUUAGCUGAAUUUGCUGGUUCCGGUCUGACGUCCAGGAAGUGUCUCUUGGAGGGAUAUGAUACCCGGCAUCGGCAGGAUAAUUCUAUGCUGAAUGUGUCGUUAGGAAUGCACAUGAUUCAGGGUGAUAUUUUGUUCAAAGUUCCUUCGCCAAGCCCAAAGUCAAAAGCGCUUCCCCAGGAAAACUUAGGACUUGGCCUACAGCCACCGGCGUCUGUGGUGGUCCCUCCUGCGGCGGUAGCACCAGCGGUGACUGCCAACCGCGUACCAACCAAAGAUGACUCAUCGAUAGCAUCCGGUUCGUCCGGAUUCGAUUCGCUGACUAAGAAGAAAACCCCAUUGUUUGCCACUGCGGACUAUCAGCAGUCCAUCGAGUUGGAUCCGCAGUCCUUCCUAGUGACCGAUUCCGGUAUUUCCGAAUCUUCCGAGCCGCCAUCGUCCCUGCUGGACUCGUCUGUUGCAUCCCAGGCGACACUUCCUUCUCUUAUAGGAACCAGCUGUAACGCCCAAAAUGUCGUCAGUUCAACGAAUACGGUGACAAACACAGCUACAGCAGGAACCACAGUUCCCGGUGGUAUAGAAAUGGGUCAUUCCCGAAACUCCAGUAACACUAGUCAAAUGUCCAAAGGAUCCGGUUACAGUAGUUUUUCCCACAGUCAACACUCGAGGCAGAGCUCCGAGGGCGACUCUGGACAUCAAAGGUUACGUUCAUCAAUGCAAUCAAAGAGCCAAGAUGCUCAGAAAAAAGCUAGCUAUCCCAACAGCACUGCAAAUGGUAAUCGUUUCGUUAAUGUUAAUAAUAAAUUCACCACCAGUGUCACCGGUCCGGGAUUAAAUUCCGGUUAUGGACCUGGCAGCGGUGGCAGCAGCUCCGAAGGGACACCUACCAAGGUGAUGACCGCCCAUCGGCUGCUAACGAAGCUGCAAAUACCCCAAAGUCCGAAUUCGGACUCAGGAGACGACAUUUACGUUACGCCGGACGUUACGGUUAUGUCGGAUGAGGGGGCCAUUAGUGAGGACAAAACCGAUUCAGGCUUGGACGAUUUCGGUACUCCUACGUCGGAAGUACCACUGUCGACGUUGGUGAAAAUAAAAAGCAUGAACAACCUCUCCGUAACCAAAAGCAAUAUAUUCUUCCCCGAAGAUGAGGAUGAUUGUUAUGCAGUUGACAAAAACCGUUCUAUUGGAACUCCUGGACAGCAAAUGAACCUAAGUCGGAUGAAGUCGUUGGGAAACUUAUCGGCUUAUGAACGAGAAUUCGGCACAACCCCCGUGGAUCUCUUGAAGCUCAAAAAAGAUUUCGAAUUGCGAAGGUUCAGUUGUGCUAAAAUGAAGUCCUUGACAAACCUAAACGAUGACAACGAAGACGCUAUGGUGCAGCGAAGGAAGCAAAUUUCGAAAGAAAAUAUCGAACAAAAUUCGAAAAAUGCCUUCGAAGAUAGGAAAACAGCCUUCCAAAGGCAUGGAUCCGAUCUGUCCAAUCGGUUCCAACCGUUCCAAAUGAGAAACUCCUUCCACAGUGGUAUCUACCGGAAAAAGGCAGGAAUUGGUUACACUCGGUACAUCGGAAUAGAAGAUGACACGCCGUCCCCGCUGACCAAAAUGAAUUCCAUUCCCAGCCUAAAUGCAACGGAUCGAAUCGAUCACAAUCCAUUCCUCACGCCGAACAUACCCCGCAAACGAUUCUCCACCGCCUGCAACAGUCCCGACGAAAACGACCUGUCCCCGGUCGAAUUACGACUAACGCGGAAGCUUGCCGUCGACGUUGUUGAUUCAGCGAACCUUCUCAAGACGCCCUUCGAGCGUAACUUCCGUAAAAGUUCCCCCACCGAAGAUUUCCGUUUAUCGAACCCAACCGCACCAUUCCGACAGUCCGAUAGUAACUUUUACAAUAUCAUUCGAAACUAUCCCAUCGGGAAGUCAUCCUCGGCCAACCUGGAGUGGCUCAAGCAUCGUUCGUCGUAUAACAAUUUCCCUCUGAGUGUGAAGCCAACCGUAACAUCGCCGACGGUGGCGGCGCCAGCACCCUUGGCGGCCUCGGUGCCAGAAGCGACUGCUCUGGCCACCGGAACUGCACCCACUUCGCCACAUUCAGGCCAGCACAGUUCUCGCGUUUAUCAUAGGAAUAUUUGCGGCUUGCAUCGCCGUCUGCUGGACGGUAGCACUCGUCAAUUAACCACACUUACCCCUGUAGCACCUGUGGCAGCUUCUCAGGUGGUAAUACCCGCAGCAGUUGGUUCAUCCGUACCGCAGCCUGCUUCCAUCAGUCCGCAGUCGGCAUCGACGGCCACUGUAGGGACCGUAACCGGCUUCGGUGCAGAUUCGCUGCCUGACAGAUGCAUCGAAGUUCAAUGUUCGCCGUUCUGCGAUCUUGUGGCAUCGGGAGCCGCAGGAAUUACUAACAUUAGCAAUGGCAAUGGCGGAGGAGCUAGCUCUACUACUACUACCACUACUAACAUCGGCAUCGGUGUCGGAACAUCAUCCUCCCUUGGCAUAACUGCACCCUCGUCUCUAGCUAUAAGACGCCCCAGUGCUAACAUAAAUCCCAGUUCUAGUUCUAUCCCAAUGAGUGAAACGGGUUCGCUGGAUCGAAUGAAAUCGGCAGCGGAACGACGGAAGAAGGGCACCAUGGAAAGUGACAGCGGGACGGUGCCGACCGUUUCGGGCCGGGUGGAAGGAACCCGCGUCAACACCGGACUGAUCAUCGAUGAACUGCUGAAGAACACCAAGCUGGACCACCUGGAGGAGUCGGGUACCGGCCUAGCCCUGUACAUCAGCAGCGACGGAACGACAACCCUGGGCAGCCACGAAGUCCGGAUGUCAGCAGGCGGCCUGCGGCAGGUAGUGAUGGAAAACCCAAGAUAGUAGCAAACCUAAAUUGGACGGUUUUCGUCGACCUUCAUCGCCGCAGUCACCACCAUCCACCAAAUGCAAUAUUAGAUGUCAGCGUAAAUUCCGCCGUCGCCGCCAUUCAUAAUGCGCGCCUAUUAGCUUCCCAGCCAGCGCUGAAUUUAGUGAGAGUGAUGUUAAGUAGGUAGAGGAUAAGGAGACGCGAGUCGUAUGGUUUAUAAACACCUGAAGUGUGUGAAUGGUAACUGCAGCAAAUUGUAUUCACUGUCACCUGCUAUCGGUUCGGUUUUCACCUAGAAUAUGUAGAUAGUAACGUUAUUUUGUUUUCUUUUGUUAUCAACCAUAGGAUCCAAAACUUUACAUAAUCCCUCAAAAGCCAAUUUUCAUUUCAUUUUGAAAAAUUGUACACAAUCUAAGUUAUUUAUUCACCUUUGUUAUGAACAAAACGAAAUAAUUUGUUAGACCAUCCACAGUGUAAGUCGGUGGCAAUUUCAAAUGUAAAUCAACAACAAUUCAAACCGUAUCACACCAGAUGCAGAAAAUAUAAUUCAGAAAAAUA